CUGCAUAAAAACGAUGGGAUUCGUUUAAAUCGUAUAACUGUUGUGCCAAGCUAGGAAUCCUUUAUUCCUUUCUGACAAGACUGAUCCGUGCGACGGAAGUGGAGCUCUGGCGGUAAGGAUAAUCCACCAACUAAUCCAUAAGCACUUUAUUUCUCUUUCCAUUUUCCCUUUCUUUCUUUCUAAAUAUUGCCUUUCGGUCUACAGAAUGGAUCCAAAUCAAGUCAUGGAGAUAGUGAGGUGGCUCGAACAGAGUUUGCAAAAAUUAAGGCCAAGAAGAUGGAACCACUCGAUCAACUGACACCCGGGCAGAGGCACAAAAAGACAGAGGGGUUGGGUAUCCACACAUGACUUCAGCUUUACUGAGUCGAGGGCGGCGUUAAUGUCGAUCACCGAUUUGGUCCACGAAUCCCACGGAGGCACCAACAUAACUCAGUUGCAGCAUGGCUUGGCGCCCGAUCUGUCUCCUUGUCAACGUCAACAGGGAAUGGAAAUUACGGCUGCACCUGUUCGAUUUCUGUACAACGCUAAGAUCGACCGCUCUUCCGUGGUUCGCUGCUUGCCGAGGUCAAAGAGCGCCGCAAAGAGCCACCACAUGAUCUGUGUUUGUUGAAAAGGCUGCCCCUUUUCCCCUGGUCGUUUUAUUUUCUUCUUGCUCUCCUCGCAUGAGAUUUUCACUGCUGGUGAGCUAAACUUUUGGAUCGACACAUUAUGACAUACCUUACUCAGCCAGUCAUGGCUACGAUGCUGCCGGUGGAAAUUAUUCAGUCCAUUCUUCUUUAUAUGGAUAUCGAAACGUACCUCGCCGCGCGUUUGACGUGUAAAUCCUGGAGAUACGCGGCGUCCACUUCGCUCAUGACAUACAAAACCGUGCAGGAUAUCCCAGUCGCUCUACCGCCAACCAUUCGAGAACUGAGUGACAACGAAUGGGGUGUCUAUCUCGACCAGAUCGGGCGGAUCAAUCUGUUGGGGUUCCGGAAUCACGUGGAGAGAACAGUGACUUGUCGAAGCCGGACAGAUACCUGGACGGCGCCUGCAACAACGAGACUGGGAAAUCCUGGUCGGGGAGCCGUUAGAUCGAAGAGAUCACCGGGGGCUGUGGACGAGAAUGAAAUCAAGCAACGACUACUCCAAUUUCCACUGGCUUCGUCACUCUAUCCGCUCUGGACGUCAGUCUGUCGCGCCUUGUCCGAUGGAUGCACUGAUAAGUGGAUGGUGAAACACCAGCAGAACAUGCAGCCGCAUCUUGCUCUAUCUUCGGAUAGCCGCAUUCUGGCUAUAGGAUUCGGGAAAAGGAUCCAGGUGUUUAGCGCUUUGGAUGACAAACGUGCAGAAGAUACAUCCCCAGUUGAAUACCUGAUCAAGGACGAUACACACGGAAUCAUUGAAUCGCUGGAAUUCGAAGAAAACGAUAAGCUGCUCCGACUCGUUAUUGGCAAACAACCGAGUCGAGUCCGUUAUCUAGGUCUACCGUCACAUGCUUCGGAGAAACCUGAUCUGAACUACUGGCGCAGAUGUAUCGAUCGUAUUUACCUAGAUUCGAUCGAGCUAGCAAGGCAUCUCAGCCGAUCAAGCACGACAAGAUUAGUACUGGCGGGCUUACGACUUCUUCCAUCUUCUGAGGAGACUGGCAAUACAGCAGGGUCAGGAAGCGAGCAACACCGGCAUUUCACCGCAUGCCUUCAAACCGGUCAUAUAGAUUCCUACUGUAUGGGGUCUGUAUCAUUCUUCCAUACCACACAAGCCAGCGGCAUGCUCUCUGCAAAUAUCAGCCGCCUUCUCCCAUCAAAGCAGUUCCAGCCAUAUACCGCGAAAUCCCGUACCUCCUCCAAAGCUGAACAGUCGACUGUCCCAACCCACAGUCUUCCACGCGCCACAGUCGACCCAGAAUACACAUACGGCUACGGCGACGAUUCUCAUCGAAACGUCUACCAACUUACAAAUAUCCCGCGCUGGGACCACAUCAACCUCCCCUCAGCCACCUGUGAUACCCCGCAACUAGUCAUUUCAGAUGACAGCCGCAUGCUGAUAGUCUACGAACCGUGCGCCUCACAAAAGGGCCAAGGCGGCUCGGUAUACGUCUAUAACAUCGAACCAUGCACACCCAUUUACCAUCCGUUUCCCCGCACAAAACCCCAUAGUCAAGUCGAUUGGUCGAUUUUCGGACAAGACUUUGGCGGACUAGGCCUGUGCUUUGUCUUUAGUGCGGCCUUUGACAUGAUCAAGUCCAAGAUGACUGAGGUCAUUCCUUCGUGGCCAUUUCUUUUGGACCGGGUUGAUGUGGAUAUCAUGAGUCUGAAAGUUGCAUGUGACACCACACUGGAUGGCACAUACACUAUCACAGCCAAAUCUGCGGAGGGUGAUGUGGAGUGGAAGGUGAAUCGCAACUAGAUUUUAUGGAACGACUAACGAAUACAAUAACCAGAUACGGUGUUGAUGGGGUCUGCAUGAUUUCGAUUAGCAAAGAUUGCGUGUAUAUAUAGCGAUGAAGUAAAGUACAGUAUAGCAUAUCCAUUUCUAUAACUUUUUCUCAAUCUUCGGCCAGCCCGUCAUGCGUCACUAUCACCGCGAUCGGACAUCCGGCGGAAGGCCCGGGUACACUUCCCCUCACUUAAUAAUACGAACAGGGAUGUCUUGCAUUUUUGGGCUGACUAGGCAUCUCAAUCAAUCACUUGACUUUGAACCUCUCCAUCUAAGCCCUAUCAGAUAUCUCCACAGUCAAUGUAUGUUAGUUUCUUGCCGCGCAAAGUGUUCCGGCUCAACAGCGGGUUUUCCCGAAAAUGUCAGGUUUCUCGGAAAUGAUCGGAUAUCCAGCCGCUAGACCCGAUUUGGCACAUAUUGCCUUAGGCAUAAAUUGUCUUGCUUCCACAUACACACCAAAUAAAUUGAGUACUUUUCAAUAUGGGUAAGAUCCAAAAGAAGUGGAACAGAAGGAAUCUGACAUUCUUCAUUUCCAUCUAUCUUCUUUCCAUAUUCCCAUGUUCAACGACUCCUAUGGGACGCCAGUAGUCUGUACCUACAGUACAUCAGACGAGAACUCUCUCUUGUUUAUCCAAAUCCAACCUAUCUAUAUACCCGAUAUGGAAUCAUGUCUUGUUACAACAGCACUUUUCGUUCAGUGGCGUGUGGAACGGUCUAGAUGAGUAUUCUUCAUACCCAAAAGGGAUUCUUGUCACGAUCCCUUGUGAUCAGCGGCUGGGCUUCCACUGAUCAGAUCGCGGAAUGAACCGGGUGGGUACGAUGCUCUGAAGGCUUCGGAGUAUGAUUCCAAGGACUGCCAACCGCGCAUCACAUUGUAGACCAAGGCUCCCAAGUCCGGUCUGGUGGUCAUCGACCCCUUUUC